AUGUCAUCCCCUCCCACUCGACCAGAUCUCAUACACAACGCCGUCUUAUUCCUCUCCGAUCCGAAAGUAAUACCUUCAUCACACGAAAGUAAAGUAGAAUUCCUUCGUUCGAAAGGUUUGACAGAUUUAGAGAUUGAACAAUCUUUCGGUAGAGCUUCCAAUUCACCACCACCACCACCACCACCUGCACCGCCAAGGACAUUUGGUUCGUAUGAACCGUAUGGAUUUGAUAUGAGACCUGUACAACCUAGACGAGAUUGGAGAGAUAUGUUCAUAAUGGCCGUUAUUUCAGGUGGAGUCGUCUAUGGUCUGACAGCUUUGGCAAGGAAAUACUUACUACCCCAUCUCCAACCUCCUUCCUCCACCUCAUUCCAAACCACUUCCUCUUCCUUGUCCGAUCAAUACUCAUCCGUCCAAUCUGCUCUGGAAGAACUUUCCACCAGAACUUCAGAUUUACAAAUUAGUUUGGAUGAAGAUCGUUCUCGUGUGAACUCGGUUAUUGGACAAGCGGAAGAUGCUGUGAAGGCUGUUCAAGAAGGAGAGAAAAGAUGGAGGGAUGAUCUACGUGAAAUGAGAGGAGAAGUUGAUGGAAUUAGAGAAUUAGUACCUAAAAUGAUAGAAAAACAUUCAGUCACUCAAUCUGCCGCAUUGGCAGAUCUUCAAUCAGAACUCCGUUCACUCCGCUCUUUAUUAUCUUCCAAAUUUGAUCAACAUAAAGAACUCAAUGGAAUGUCGAACAGUAGUAUAAGUACGGGAGCGAAUGUUUUAUUGGGAUCUAAAGGUAUACCCGCUUGGCAAAGAAGUGGAAAUGGAUCACCUGUACCUCCCAUCGAUGGGUUUGUAGUUGAUGAUACGAGUGAUAGAAAAGAGAUUGGUGAUUCUACUCAAGGAGAUUAA